GUACCUUCCCCCUGCAUAGGUUUCACUUCUACCGUGAACUCCCAGCAGAGAAGACCUCACCCUCCAGCUCUGCACCUGGCUUUGGACUGCUGUGGGCUUCUAAGAACCUACCUCAAAAAUGCAGCCACCACCGCCAGUGGUAGUCAUGACUCAGCCCCAGAGGGGUGUUUACCCACAAGGCUCCAAUUGGCAGACCGAUCUCCUUGAUUGUUGCAGCGACUGCGGAGUCUGCAUUUGUGGGACAUUCUGUACCCCCUGCCUCGCAUGCCAAGUGGCUUCUGACAUGAAUGAGUGCUGUUUGUGUGGAACGAGUGUAGCCAUGAGGACCCUCUACCGGACCAGAUACGGCAUCCCUGGAUCCAUUUGCGGGGACUUCAUGGCAACUUCGUGUUGCCUUGUGUGUUCUCUUUGCCAACUUAAAAGAGACAUUAAUAGGAGGAGGCAAAUGAACGCUUUCUGAAAAAGCUAACGAUGAAGUCUGUGUUUCUGAUGAAGCUAAUUGGCAUCAGUUUUAACACCUGAAAAACAUGUUUCCUCAAGUAUUCCUCUGACUUUUGUUCCCAAAUUGCUACAUGCCAUAACAAAGUUGAAUCACGAUGGUGUGCCAUGCUGUGAAGGCUCUUUUUGCUUUAUCUGAAUGUUUAUUCUUAGCACGUUCUCCCAGCAGGUUUUAAUCUUCACCUUACUGUGACUCUUCUAACAAUGCUUGAUUUUUAACAUGCAGCUUGAUUUUUUUGAAUGUAAAAUAAAGAGUAUUUGGACUAAGA